GUUAUAUGUUGUUUUUAUAUACUGAAGCGCCAUACAGUUCAUUUGCAAAAGAUGCCACGUCAGCGGCAGCGGAAGCAGGGUACUACGACUACAUAAUUGUCGGAGGCGGAACCGCCGGAUGUGCUCUGGCGGCAACGCUUUCCACCUCCGCAAAGGUACUACUCCUAGAGAGAGGCGGCCUGCCGUACGACUACCCAAAUGUGCAACACAUAAGUGGGUUCGGGCCCACACUGGCCGACAUUUCCCCGACCUCCGCCUCACAAUUAUUCGUCUCCACAGACGGCGUGUACCUCCACCGCGGGCGCGUUCUCGGAGGGAGCUCGGCGAUAAACGCCGGGUUCUUCACGCGAGCCAGCAGCGAUGAGGUGGCAGAGGCGGGAUGGGACCCGCAGCUGGUAAACGAGUCGUACGAGUGGGCGGAGAGGAAAGUGGCUUUCCGGCCGCAGGUAAAGGGGUGGCAGGCGGCGGUGAGGGAGGGGCUGCUGGAGGCGGGGGUGGGGCCGGACAGGGGGUGGACGAAUGAGCAUUUGCAGGGCACCAAAACGGGGAGCUCCAUCUACGACGAAAAUGGGGUUCGGCAUUCCGCCGCCGAUUUGCUGGAGUACGCCGACGAGUCCCAAAUUACUGUAUAUUUGCAUGCCGUUGUUCACCAAAUCUUGUUUCGGACGUCUUCCCCAGGGAAAAGACCAACGGCUUAUGGAGUUUUUUUCAAAGACUCAAAGGGCAAUGGGCACACGUCAUAUUUGAACCCGGGUUCUAAGAAUGAGAUCAUUCUUUCAGCUGGAGCAUUGGGUAGUCCACAACUGUUGAUGUUGAGUGGUAUUGGGCCGUCUGAUCAUCUCAAAUCACAAGGGAUUAACGUCAUACUGGACCAAGAAAUGGUGGGCCAAGACAUGUCAGACAACCCAAUGAAUGGAAUCGUAAUGCCUUCACUUAAGUCAGUGGAGACUGCACUAGUUCAGGUGGUUGGCAUAACUGAAUUUGGAAGUUAUGUUGAAACAGGGAGUGGAUUGCAUUUGGCCCCAAACACGGCCUUAGCGAAAGCUCUGCAAGCCUCAUUCCAAGGGGACCUGUUUAAGGAUACAAAGAUUCAAGGUGGGCUCAUACUGGAAAAGGUGAAAGGACCUUUCUCUAAGGGGCACUUGGAACUGAAUAGUAGAGACCCAAAUGAGAAUCCCACAGUGACAUUCAAUUACUUCAAAGACCCAAGAGACCUUCAGAGUUGUGUGCAAGGAAUGGAAGUCAUAAAAAGAGUGGUUGAAGCAGAGCCCUUAUCCUCAUUUUUGUACCCAUUCACUUCUUUUGAAGCGCUUCUGGAUAUCAUCACAACACUUCCUUUAAACAUGAGGCCCAAACUCUUUACCUCUCUAUCUCAUCAUUCCUUGGAGCAAUUCUGCAUCGACAACGUUAUGACCAUAUGGCAUUACCAUGGAGGUUGCCAAGUGGGUAAGGUUGUGGAUCGCGAUUAUAAAGUAAUUGGCAUCGAUGCGUUGCGGGUUAUUGACGGCUCCACGUUUUCUUUCUCCCCCGGAACCAACCCUCAGGCCACCGUCAUGAUGCUUGGAAGGUAAAUCAUUAGAAAAUAAGUUCACAUACACACAUACAUGCAUAUAUACAUACACAUUCCUGUAGUUUAGCUAUAUGUAUGUGUAUGCACGCACAGCUUGCACAUAUAAAGUUCAUGUGUGUAUGGAUAGAGUAGCGAUCCUGUCAGGCCGGUCUAACAGAACUUGCCGUUCGACAGAGGACAUUUGAGAUCCUUCUCGAUGGAACUUUUUGAUGAAAUUUUUUAAGCAUGUUCAUUAUCAAGUCUAGGUUAUGCAUACUAAAUUUCUGCUAAACAUUCAAUGGUAAGGAAGUCAAAUAAAUUGUUGAAAAAAGUUGCGAUGAUAAUAUAUAUAUAUAUAUAACACAACUUUUGUAAAGAAAUUAUUUAACUGUCUUUCCGAUUGAAUUUUUAGCUGAAAUUUGGUAUGGAUAAACUACUUGAUGAGGAACAUACUCAAGAAAUUUAAUCAAAUAAUUCCAUCGGGAAGGACCUCAAAUGGUCUCAGCCUGACGCAGGUUCCUGUCAGGCCAGCCUAAUAUGAUCCGCCCUUUGUAUCUAUAUAGUGUCUAUUUGGUUUAGCUAAGUAGAUGACAAGUCAUUAUGUUGUAUUGAAAUCACACUUGUCACGAUUUGAAAAAAGCUAAUCUAGGGGCGGAUGCAGGAAUUUAGAUUGGAGUGGGCGGAAUAGUAAAUAUACUAGACUUAAACAUACAACAUUAAUAGGAUGAGCAAACUAUGAAAAAUGAAAAAAAAAGUUACAUUAAGAACUUGAAAAAAAUAUAGUCGCCUUAGGCUUGAGCCCACCAUAACCCUAAAGUAAUCCUACCCUGACAGGUCAACGCCUUAAUUAUGCGAAAUGUCACUGAAGUCAUCUAUGACUAAAAAUUACACAUAUAUUAAGUCUUGGAACAUAAAACAAUUAUUUUUGCCAAAAUAAAAAUAAGUCUUGGAACAUUCUUUAUAUUACAUUGUCAUUUUUAUAAUAUAAUUUUGUCUUUAUAUAUGAUAUACAAAGUCAAUUCGGCUCACUUGAGAAAAUUGAUUUGAUGUUGUCUAAAAAGAAGUAUACGGUUGCAUCAAUAAUUAGUGUAACUAAAUGAUGGGUCAUUAAAUUAGUGAGUCUUAUUUUUAAUAUUUACCUACUUAUAUUGUGAUGCAGGUAUAUGGGACAGAAAAUUCUGCAACAGAGAACUCAUCAAUGAGCUGAGAAAGGCUAUAUCUCUUCAACUUUGAAAUAUUAACAUGAAAAUUUAGGGAUGAGAAAUGGUUUGCUAUACCAUUACUUAAGUAUACGCAGAUCUGGUUUGAAGUUUCUAGCCAUAUUUAUACAUCUAAAUUUACAUUUAUAGAAUUCAGAAGGAUGGAAUUAUUUCUUAAUUAUACAGUUGUGUUGUUUAUAUUUAUAUAAAUUGUGAGAGAUAUACAAUUACCAACGCAUUUCCAUUGAGUUCCAAAGUAUCGAUCUUAAAGUUCCUAUUAGCUUAAUAUGAAAGUUAUUGUAUUUUGUUCAAUAUUGAAGUUGUCCUAUUUUUUAGACAACUUCAACAAAGGCUUUUUCG